AUCCCGACUUUUGGAAAUACUAUUUUACUGAAUUAAGGUUUGCCGGUGGGGGUAGUGUUCUAAUACAAAGCCCUCAUUUGUAUUAGGUGACCUGAUGAUUUUGUGGUGAAUCCUUUCAUAAUGCUUGCUAUGGAGUUUUGGAUCACCGCAGUUUUUAUUUUGUAUCAUUUGCUGAGCUUUGUUGAAACAAGUUAUGUUAUAAAAGUGGAUGUUUCUGAAUGUAAAGGAAGAAUGGACCAUUUCUGGAAAAGUACUGGAUUUUGCCCUCCUUUACCACACAACAGAGCUGACUUGUAUGAUCGUAGCAAAGAUGAACAACUAAACAUUGCAUAUAUUUCAUCUGUACCUCACAGUGGCAUUAAACAAGUCAGAGUCCACUGGUUACUGGAGCUUGUUACUGUCAAUUUCUUCAGUGGAACUCUGCAGUACAAUUUUACCAACUUGGAUGCAUUCAUAGACCUGCUGCUGAAAAAUGAGCUCCAACCAGGAUUUGAGCUCAUGGGGAAUCCAUCAGGUUAUUUUACUAACUUUGAAGAUAAAAGGCAAGUAAUGGAAUGGAAGAACCUUGUCAGUCUUAUAGCUAAAAGAUAUAUUGAUAGAUAUGGUCUAGGCCAAGUCGAUGAAUGGAAUUUUGAAACUUGGAAUGAACCCGAUAACCAUGAUUUUGACAAUGUGUCCAUGACAGUACAAGGAUUCCAGAACUAUUAUGAUGCUUGUUCAGAAGGUUUGAAAGAAGCUAGCCCGCGUUUACAACUAGGGGGCCCAGGAGAGUCAAUACAUCCACUUCCGAGAUCUCCUUUAUCUUGGGGUCUUCUAAGUCAUUGCUACAAUGGAACAAACUUUUUCACUGGGGAAAGAGGAGUAAGACUGGAUUACAUUGCCUUGCAUAAGAAGGGCGGUGGUAGAUCCUUUCCCAUCUUGGAGCAAGAAGUAUCCACAGUUCAACAAAUUCAGAAGCUGUUUCCAAGAUUUGCCUUUCUUCCCAUUUACAAUGAUGAGGCUGACCCACUGGUAGGGUGGUCUUCCCCUCAAACCUGGAGGGCAGAUGUGACUUAUGCUGCUAUGGUCACAAAGGUAAUUGCACAACAUCAGAAUCUUCUAAUUUCCAAUCCUAACAAUACCAUCAACUACAAACUUCUGAGCAAUGACAAUGCUUUUAUGAAUUAUUAUCCGCACUACUUCACACAGCGAACACUUACUGCACGUUUUCAGAUGAACAAUACCAACCCCCCUCAUGUACAGAUGGUGAGAAAACCUGUUCUCACUGUGAUGGGCCUUCUUGCUUUAUUGGGUGAGAAACAGAUUUCUGCUGAUGUCUUUGCUGACGGUAUACCUGUGGACUAUAACAGUACUUUGGGAGUGUUGGCUGCCCUCCAUGAUCGUGUACCAUUCACUAGCCCAGACAGCUGGCAGUGUACCAUACUGAUAUAUAACAGCAAUGACAACCGGACAUCAUUCAACACUGAUUAUGUUACUGUUAAUGUUACCCAUGUUCCUGCAUUAAAGGGGAUUGUAUAUACAACAUAUUAUCUGGACAACAAACAAAGCAACCCUUACUUGCAGUGGAAGAAUCUAGGAAGUCCUGUUUUUCCAAGUGUGAAACAGUUCCAGCAAAUGAGAAAUUCAGAGGAUCCAAUAAGGGAAGGCCCUACACCAUUUCCUGAAGGAGGUACUCUGAACGUUAAGGUGAAGUUACCAGUCCCUUCAGUCUAUCUUAUCCAUAUCUGUGCCAAACCUCAAUUAGCUCCAGAUCAGGUGACACAAGUCCAACUGAUGCAUCUCACGAAAGGGCAAGUUGCAGUAAUUUGGAGUGAUGGCUGCGUGAAUUCAAAAUGCCUGAAGACCUUUGAAGUGGAGUUCUCAGAAAAUGGCAAAACGUAUGCAAGGAUUAAUGAAAAGGAUACAAUAUUUACAUUAUUUGUAUUUACACCAGAUAAUGCCAUUGUGUCUGGUUUCUACAGAAUCCGAGCUGUGGACUAUUGGGGAAUGCCAGGAUUGUACUCCAGAUCUGUACAUUAUAUUGAACCUCAAGACUAGCAUACAGACUGAGAUGUUUGUGGCUUAUUACAGCAGAUUAAAGGAGAGUGAAUACUAGAAUUUAUCCUGCCUAUUACAUGAUCAACUGCAGUCUCUAGAAAGCCAGAUAUACUCUUUUCAGUAGAGCUGUCUACACCUGAAUGACUUCUUAAAAUGACAUUAAAAAGGACUAUAUAUGUUCAUUAUGAAGGACCAUAUAUGUUUGCACACACACACACA